AUGAAAGAGUUUGGUAAGCCGGAGGCGAGUUUGAGGUGGUUUUGGGAGCCUGUGGAGGGGUCUGGCCUACAUGAUUUGAUAUACACGGGGUAUUCUACCGUGACCCAUGCCAUGAUACGUGCUAUGUGCGAGAGGUGGCACAUGGAGACCAGUAGUUUUCAUCUACCUGUGGGGGAGAUGACGAUCACUUUGGACAAUAUGCAUAAUCUCCUACACAUUCCUAUUCACGGCCGUAUGCUGGACCACGAUGAGGCAAUGGAUCAGGAGUGUGCGAUUGAUUUGAUGACCAGGUUGUUGGGCAUGUCAGAUGUUGAUGCUAGGGUUGAGAUUAGGACUGAGUCUGCUGGUCAUAUCAGUUAUCCCACACUGAAGCGGGUUUAUGAAGACCACAUGAUAGAGGCUAGACGGCUGGAGGACACACAGACGAGGGAGGAGCUGCAGGAGAGAUCCAGGAGGAGACAAUGCAAUUGGGAAGUGGUCAUGGGGAGGGAUGGCCUUAGCGUACUUGUACGACUAUCUGGAUGUUCUGUUAUUCUGAAUAACAGAACGAUGGCUGGGAGUACGAUUCUUUUUAUGGGAUGGAUUUUAGAGCAUUUGUCAGGUCUGUACCCAAGGAAGAAAAACAAGGAGUGGACGCCGGAGAGACCAUGUGCUGGGAGAUGGCUUACUAGCAGAGGGCAUAUUGAUGUGCACCAUUACCGCGUACUGCUUGAUCGCUUAGAGGUGGAUGUCGUCAGGUUUUUUACUUAUGGUGAUCACAGAGAGAUACGCCCUUUUCAACUUAUUGUCACUUACUCGGGAUGGCUGAUGUGCGGGAAGGAGAGGGUGUACCGUCAUUUACCUGAGCAGACAUCUGUCAUCUGUCACUCAGGUGCCUAUGCAUUUGCUGACCACCGUAUUGCAUAA